AGAAAUUUGAGAAAUACUUAGCCAAUAGUACCCUCUCUUUCUUCUUUUUUUUCCCCUUUUUUUCAAAAUUCUAAUAAUCCAACAAACAGCAGAGAGAAAAAUAUGGAUGAUCCGGCUUCGGCUCCGGCGCCUCAAGAGAUGACAUACGUUGAUCAUGUCAAACAACGUCAAGCGGAUAAAGGCUGCCUCUAUGCUUGCCUAUUUGCGAUGUGUUGCUGCUUUUGCUGCUACGAGACUUGUGAGUGUUGUUUGGAUGUUCUCUGUUGUAAAUGCUCCUAAUUUAUGUAUGUAGAAGAAGGGAGGUGGGAUUAUUGUGUGACAGUUAUGUGCGUGUGUUUUCUCAUCCUAGCUUCUUCGUUGUUCCUUUAUAUUUCAGUUAUAUUUGGUCACCUCAGGUGACCUAAGUGAGUGUAACGAUUGAGUUUGUAAAUUUGGAUUUGUUUGAAAUUAUUGGUUGCCCUCUUUUACUUCAAAUAAAAUAAAGCCUCAAAUAUUUGACUAUUUAUUAUAAUGUACAUUCACAAACUCAUAGCUUUGAUUUUUUAUUUUUUAUUUUCGGUAGAAAGGGAAGAGUGAGCCACAUUGCUUACUAGCGAAACAUGAAUCCGAAUAUUACACCCUAAGCAAGCAUAAUUGAUUAAAAUGGGUAAUUAACCAUUUAAUAGUUUGCCAAUAUGAGGCAUGGGAACCCUAUAAAUAAACAUAAGAAGAGCAAUGUAGAACAUUAUAAAAUAUAUAUAUAUAUAUAUAUAUUGUCUCAAUUUCUUAUGGUUUUCUCCGAAACAUGUUGACACGUAAGGUGAUAAACAUAUUAUAGUAAGAAAAGAUGGUUAUCUUCAUAUUAUUUAAAGUAAAACGGGGCCAUUAUUAAACCACAAUUUCAAUGCUAGUAAUACAUAGUCAAUCUCUUCAUUUCGAUGUGAGCAGUGGGCUCAUAUAUAACUCUCCCCAUAAUGUGAAUCGAUUUAAAUCAAGGCCAUGAAUAUUCUCAACCAAUCUAAUAAAUCUACUUAGUUUAUACAUUUCUUUAUAAUGUGCAAUAAAUAAAUAAAUUAAUUAACUUCAAAAUUUCAGGCAAGACAAACUUUAAUAAAUAUUAUAAUAGGUGUCUGUGGGUACUUGUAUCAAGCUCGAUAUGUGGUAAGCCCUACAAGUGCCACAUCACCAAAACCCCACCCACAUGGCAGACCAAUAAGGCACCACGUCGGGCAUGUCGUAUGUUUGCUACAUGGCAAGCCCUACGGGCGUUAUGUGCCAAGGCAGCCAAGACUAUAUGCUUAGCCUAAGCGGGAGCAUACAUAUAAGCCCAAAUAUAUCUAGAUAUGAAGAGCCCUGCAACAGGCAGCACCAUGGCCCCAGGGCCCAUGGUCCUUCAUAUCUCGCUCCAAGGCCAAACAACAAUACAAUCAGCUCCCGGUUCACUUGGACUUGGAUUGAUAAACAAUGGCUCUCCUAAACAUUGAGAUAGGCCUGCGGCCCAACCUCCUGCUUGGUCGCCUAGAGGCGAGCCCCUGGCUCUCUUAAACACUAAGGUGGGCCCUGGCCCAUUUAUCUACUUGGAUGCCUAGGUUGGGAGCAGGACCCAGGUACUACUGCUCGGGAUCAUCAGAGGAUACUGGACUGGCGGUUGAGGUCAUGGGAUCGCCGAGAUGUUUGUCUUCUUGCUAAGACAACUCCAUCUCGACUAGGCUUGGAGAAGAGGCAAUAAUGACCUUACGUUCAUGUCAUCCGAUGUAUAUACGAAACGUUACUUUCUGCCUGUCAUGAAACGUUGCUCUCCGCCUGCCGUCAAACCACAAACGACAGAAGGGCUUAUAUCACUUCUGGCAGAGUUGAGGAGAACGAGCCACCUGUCCAACAGUUUGCUUGGGCUCCAAUACUCUUGUGGCCUAUAUAACGUAUCGUAUAUGCAGCGAGACACAACAACAACAAUACAACCAAGUCUCAUGCUUAAACACCCUCUUUCACUUUACAUUAAUAUUCAAGGUCUAUCACUGCCAACCUCUCCCUCUCCAAGCUUGCCUUGACCUCUUCCUCUCCACCUCCGGUGAUCUCAAGCCAUUGAAGUGCCCGCCAUCUUCCCGGACUACCUUUAACCACACCUCUCACCCACAUUAUACUCUGCUGGGGAAGAGUGGUGCUUGCUUCACAUGGCACCCAAAAAGAACACUGGAACUGCAAUAGCGACAUCCCAAGGUGGCGGUAGGGAGACCUUAGCGGUGACCUCAGAACACAACUCCGGCAGCUCUCCGGAAGAACAAACCUCCUAACCGGUUAUAGCAAAUCAGCUACGUGUAUUGACUGAGAGCGUCACCUCCCUUCAACAGAACCAACAAAUUUUAAUGGACGCCCUGCUAGCCUUACAAAGGGCAUCUACGCUCCCAUCAUCAUCUAACCCUCCUACAUCAUCUCAAAAUGGCACUCCGCCAUUAGCCCAGAAUGGCUCAGAAGCCAACCUCACUACGCAAAACGACUUGCGAACCCAAGCAGAAGGACAAACAGCCCCCUCGCUCCCUCCAUUAGCUCCCAGCCAGACACCCCCACCACACGUUGGGUCCAUUAGUGGAGCUCCCACUGCAGUGGCUUCGACUGGCUCCCCAACUCUUCCAGCAAAUCAGAACUUUUCCCAGCCAUUAACAUUGGAGGUCGUAAAAGAGCACAUAAAUAGCCUACUUCAGAUGAACAAAGGUCACAUUCCUACCUCUGCAGAAUUGAACCUCCGUCCCCCUUACCCUAUUCACAUCGCAAGUCUUCCAUAUCCAGUGGGAUAUACAGUACCCAAAUUUGUCUGUUUCGACGGACGAAAAGGGAACGCCAGAGAGCAUGUUUCACGCUUUCUUGACGCCCUUGGAGCUCACCGAGAAGACCGAAACCUUCCCAUAAGGGAAUUCUCCAAAUCCCUCAUAGAUCGAGCAUUCUCGUGGUAUGCCAACCUUGCUGUUGGCUCUAUUUCUUCAUGGGAAGACUUGGUAAAAAAGUUUUACAUCAAGUUCUUCUACGUUGAAGAAAGGUUAACCACCCUUCAUCUUAUGAGGGAAACACAACGACUUGGAGAGGACAUUCUCGUUUACGUCCGCCGUUUCAGAGAAAAAGCAGUAGAUAUACAAGUACCCACAAUAAUCAUCAAUAUCCUCUCACAAAGACCGACAGAGAGAGAUCUAGACCACCACAUCUCCAUCAUGUCAGCACCAUUGGAAAACCCAAAUGAAAAUUUGGGACUUGGGUGGGACAUAGAGAACUUUGCAGAUCUCAACAUGGGAGAAGAGAGCGCUUCCCACAACGCUCAGUCAAACAUCUUCUACAACAUUCCACUUAACAUUCUCUUCUUCAACACUGAGGGCGUCGCUCGCCCUAACUUUCUCCAACACUACAUGCACCUACAUUCUAGCGGACGCUUCCACCUCAUCAUCAUCACAAACACAAAAAAAAAAGGGAAAGCGAGGCCCAGUUCAUGAGCCAAAUCAUGGGUUACUCCAACACCAAGACCAUGAACCCACCUCCCAGCAGCAUGGAAAGAGUAACGGACGGAAUUUGGUGCCUAUGGAAUGAAGCUGAAAUCUCAUGUGAUGUAAUAGAGAUCCCGUGGAAUCAAGCCAUCGCCCAACAAGCCCACAUCUUUAUUCGGCCGGCUACAUAGCCAAUCUAUGGGAGAUUCGAAGCAUACCUCACGGAAGAUAACUCUAAGAAGACGAUACCCAGAUUGUUGUUUAGCUUCCAACGCACCAGGUCCUCCUCACCCAACUCGCAACUGUGGUUCGCCACUUCCCAACUCCCCCUCCUCGCUUCUCACCUUCUCUAUCACCUGUCAAUUACCGAGAUUUUGCCCAUUUCCCUCAAGAAUCGACGACAGCAACUAAUCCCCAAAAUCCUUUAGCAAAGAAAUCAAAACCCUAGCCCUCCUCUAAUGUCAGCUCACACUCCUUCACUUCUGCGCAGAAUCUUCGAUCAAGAUCCAAACCCAUUUCCUUUGGCAAAACACUGUGUUCGCAGAACCUUUUAAAAAUCGAUUUCAAACAUUGGCAAUACAGACGACCAACCCCAGCGGCAGACCCAGAACCACCCUUACGGCUCGCCGACGGCAACCUCUACGCUUCGCAGGUAACUCUCUUCCUUCUCGCCUCUCUUCUCUCUUCGUGCCGUCUCGGAGCUCGUCGGCGGCAAGCUUUUUUCCCUUCCACGGCUGUCAACCUUCUCUCCCAGUUGAACUUUGGAUUUUCUAGUCUUUCACUCUAAGUGGGAUUCUAGGUUUUGGUUAGAGAGAAAACCAAAGGUAUACCCAGACACAAAUCUUCCCAAACAGUUUUCCUAAUGGUAUAGGAAACCUAGUUGCAGAUAACCAUGUCAAUAAAACAUCCUUGCACACCUUGGGUAAAGGGAGAAGACGUGGGUAGCAACCGGAUAAUACAGAGUCCCUCUCUGAUCUAGUUCAAAA